AAAGCAUUACUUCAGUUUAGCAUUAAAAUGCCUCAUGGUGCUUCGAACCCGGCAUCCAGCGGCAGGAAAAUCGUGCUGGUGAUCGGUGAAACUGGAUCAGGAAAGUCUACGCUGAUCAAUUAUCUCACCAACUACUUCAAAGGGGGAAAUAUUGCAGCACCUCGAAUCGCUAUUCCGACUGAGUACUAUUCGAAGCCCACUGAGGCAUACCAGUACCACGAAGCAAAUGUCAGUAAUCAAACUGCCAGCCAAACCGAAAAGUGCAUGGAUUACGAUUUUGAAUCGGGAACAGCAUCAUAUCGUUUCAUCGACACUCCAGGAAUGAGCGAUAGCAGGGGCGUGGAACGGGACGAAAAAAAUAUUCAACAGAUUCUCCAAGCAGCCCAAUCAGCGGGAACUCUGUCGGCUAUUGUCAUCGUAAUUAACGGCACACAAUGCAGAGGCACCAUCAAUCUGCGCAAUACGCUUACCCGACUGCGAGGUAUAACACCGAACGCUUUAACGGACAACCUGAUCGUUGUGCUGACAAGCUGCGAUUCGACUAAUUUCAAGUUCAAACUUAUGUCGCUGCAUCCGUGGACGCUCAAAGCGGAGAACAUUUUCGCCAUGAACAAUGCGGCGUUGAGUCAAGAUCCGCUGUUAAUGCUGGAGGGCGACCACCGGCAAGUAAUGGAAGCUUUGUGGAAGAAAUCCAUGGCUGAAAUCAAUCGGUUCGUCCUCUCCUCUCGAGAGAAUGUCCAAGUUAGGACAUUAGUGGUUCAAUGGUUCUGAACCAAUGGAACCACACUUGAACCAAGUACGUUCUCACUUACCGACACGCUGACACACUACCGCUGUACCCCGUGAACUAACGGAACCAAUGGAACCACAUGGAACCCCAAUGGAACCACAAGCGAACCAAGAGCACUCUCACUUGCAUGCACGCUGUCCCACUACCGCUGUACCCCGUGAACCAAUGGAACCAAUGGAACCACAUGGAACCACAAUGGAACCACAAGCGAACCAAAAGCACUCUCACUUGGAUGCACGCUGUCCCACUACCGCUGUAUCCCGUGAACCAAUGGAAGGAAUAGAACCACAUGGAACCACAAUGGAACUUCAAGCGAACCAAGGACACCCUCGCUUGCCGACUCGGCUGGACACCACCUGGGUAUCCCAUUUCGAAAAACAAACACUGAAACAUUAACUUCGGCCACUUAAAUUUCGGCUGAAAUACUACGUCCAUCUUUCACUUUGGCCACCAUUCACUUCGACCGCAGUGCAUAUCGGGCGACGCUCGCUCUGGCUUGCCCACAUUACCGUCGUCAUACAACAAGCAAUGAGCCUACCUAACAGUCAAAUGCUUAUGAACCGCAACAAUGUCCGAAUGAAAUAUCUGAUUGAUACUAAGAACAACAGGAAGUGAAGGCGAGAAACCUAAUAAAAUCCAAACCUGAAAGAG